UGCUGCCUGUUUCGCUUCAAGAUUCGUGCACGAAGAAAGCGCUCAUCUUUUCAGGGUUUUGGGUCUCCUUCCCUCUUCCCCUCUCUCUCUCUCUCUCUAAAACGAACAAAGCGGGGAGAGAAAUUCUAGAGAGAGAAACUCUACUUAGAGAGAGAGAGAGAGAGAGAGAGAGAGGGAGAGAUGUGGUAUCUUUGUGUAUUCUAUCACCGGCUCUUAGAUUACAGGAGAUCCGAGGUCGAAGCCCUAGCUGAGCUCUUUGGAGCAUGCAAACAGGUAGAGCAAGACGAAGACGGAGGAAAAAUCUCAACUUGUUCUCUUCAAUGGAAGCUCCCAGAGAAUCACCACGCCGAUUCCCCUUUCCACUUCGUUUUCUUGCCCUCUGAAGAAACCGCCAGAAAAAUCGCCAACCGAAGUAUACUAAUUAAGGGAAUUUACGAACUUUGGGGACAUGCAACUACAUACGAAGAACUGGAGAAGGCUGUAAUUGAGUAUCCAGAAGAACGUAAGGUGCCGUACUUGACGUCUGAAAGCUCAUUCCGGAUAAUUGUGGACAGCUUUGGCAAGGUCAUUAGCUUUCAAGAACAAACUGAACGUAUCAAAGGGCUCAGUUAUAUACCAUUCAAGGGUCGGGUUGAUUUGCGAAACCCGGAACAUAAGUUUUGGCUUAUGGAGACUGAUGAUUAUGGAUCAAACAACGGCCUUCCACCUGUUGUGCAAAAGACUAUCUUUUUUGGAAGAGAAGUUGGAGCUGCAGAUAGAAAGCUUUUGCCAACCUAUCAGUUGAAAAGUCGUAAUUACCUAGGCCCUACUGCUAUGGAUGCAGAAAUGGCCUUUCUUAUGGCUAAUCAAGGCUUGGCUCAACCAGGAAAACUGAUAUUUGAUCCCUUUGUUGGGACCGGGAGCAUUCUUGUUGCAGCUGCACAUUUUGGAGCUAUGACGAUGGGUGCAGAUAUUGACAUAAGGGUCGUACGAGAUGGAAAGGGUCCAGAUUGUAAUGUUUGGAGCAACUUCAAACAGUAUGGUUUACAACUGCCAGUUUCAUUGUUGAGAGCAGACAAUAACCUGCCCCCUUGGCGCCCUGGUCUAAAAGAGAUAUUCGAUGCCAUAAUAUGUGACCCACCUUAUGGAGUUCGAGCUGGGGGCCGAAAAUCUGGGGGCCGCAAAUUACUGAAGGGCGUCGUGGGCCCUUACACAGUGCCAGACGAGAAGAGGUUUGAUCACAUUCCAUCAACUGCACCUUACAGUUUAGCUGAGUGCAUGCACGACCUCCUCGAUCUUGCAGCCAAAAUGCUCGUUCUUGGUGGACGCCUAGUUUUCUUCUACCCUGUGGUAAGAGAAGAAGGUUCCACUGAUGCUCAGUACCCUGAGCAUCCUUGUUUCACUUUAGUCGCUUCUUGUGAGCAGAUCCUUAGCUUUCGAUAUAGCCGACAUUUGCUGACAAUGGUGAAGACUGGUUCGUAUACUGACGAGAUAGCUGAAUUGGCGAGAAAGAAACAUGUUGAGUUCAAAGAGAAUCACCUUAAGUGGUUGGAAGAUGGUAACUUGCACUCUGCAGUAUUCACUCCUGCUGAUUCUUUGUGUGGACAAUCCAAGUUUGAUAAGGAUUCAAAGCCAAAAUAUAGAGGUAAGUAUGUUUAGGAGUCGACACUUUUUGAACUGAGGGAAACUAUUUGAGGUCAAGGUAUCUUCAUAUGAUAAAAUUCCCAUGAGUAGUUUGACAAAUGUGUAUCAGCUUGUUUAAUUAGCAUCUGACAUUUGGUGGCUAUCUAAUUAAUCUAGAUUUUUUUUCCCAUGGGAAUUGUAACUUUGAAGGCAAAUUGCAUGCUUGUCUAGAUGCUAUGUAAUCAAGUAUAGAACCACUUAGCUUAUUUUUUACAGUAAGAUAAUUGCAGUAACUUUAUCUCUCC